GAAUAACACGUCUUGUGUGAUCUGAUGUACAGUGGUUUCAGAGGAUCAAGCUAGAGCGACGAGGCCACUCCAAUCCUUAGCCCCCCUGCAGUCCCUCAUCCACUCAUUCACUCUUACAGGCGCGGUUUCUUUUUAUUUUAGCCACGUUUGGCACGUCAUCUUAUUCUAUCUGGAGCCUCUUGGCGCCCGUCAUCAGUCGUUCGGUUCGCUCGGUUAUGCAGAUCAACCACUUCGAAGCCCAAACCAUCUUACCCUAGUCAUCUUUUCACGACCGUCUCACAGUCUCUCACCAUGAUCAAAUGAACACAUCGACCUUCCCUCAUCCCAAUCUUCGACGUCGCAAGCAGGUCCUGCAACUCUGAAGCCAUCAAAUCAACCUCCCAGUCUAAAAGGACGGACGCGGAAACGAGCGAUAUGCACACAUCGGUCAGCGAGUACGACAAGGUCAAGAUGAACGGCAAUAAUUCUAACCACCUUGGGUCGGAUGAGUCGGACGCAACUACUCAUGAGAAUAUCUUCCUCUUCUGGCCCAAUAUCAUCGGCUAUUGUCGGAUUGUCCUUGCUAUCGCCUCACUCUAUUACAUGCCUAUACACCCCCGCACUUGCUCGGUGCUCUAUAGUGUGUCCUGUCUGCUCGAUGCCUUCGAUGGGUUCGCUGCGAGAGCCUUCGAGCAGUCAACGCGCUUUGGCGCCGUCCUCGACAUGGUCACGGACCGCUGCACCACAUCAUGUCUGUUGGUCUUUCUGGCAUUGGCCUUCCCACGAUGGGCGGUUGUUUUCCAGGGUCUCAUCGCCCUGGACUUUUCCAGCCACUAUAUCCACAUGUAUGCCACUCUGGUCGUGGGAGGUGCCGAGUCGAGCCAUAAGAAUAUCGACAAAAGCCAGAGCUGGCUGUUGAAUUUGUACUACUCUAACAAGGUCGUCUUAUUUAUCGUUUGUUUUCUCAACGAGCUCUUCUUUAUCGCUCUCUAUCUUGUAUCCUUCUCGUCGUCCCCCAUCUCGUCUGAGCUUCUCGAGGAUGUUAGGGAGACGACGGGUGGAGACAUCGCCCAGUCCGGUGCUGUCAACACGUCACUCCUGAAGCAGUUAUUCCUGAACCCUUACAGCGCCGCGGCACUGGAAAUUGCCCGUGCUAAUAAGAUCGAUUCAUUCUGGCCGUGGGUUCUGGUUAGAGCCAGCUUCCCGGUCAUGGCCAUCAAGCAAUUUCUCAAUAUUGUCCAGCUCGUCAAGGCCAGCAGAUCACUCGCCGACGUUGAUAUUAAGGCGAGAAAGGAGAAGGGUCUUCCUCGAAAGACCAAGGCUAAGACACCUUGAUCGCCCUUGAUCAUGAAACAACUAGACUUAGUUCGUUAGGAUGGGUUAGAAUGUAGGGUAAGAUCGUGACCAUUCUGCAAGCCCAGCGUUCGCGGUGCGAAAUGGCUAAAAUGAUCAUCAUGACAUGGAGUAGCAUAUUUAGAAAUAACAGCUUGGUUUUAAGGCG